AUGUCGUCGUCCGCGGAGGAAAAGGAGGCAAAGAAGCAGGCAGAGCUUCGGCUGGCUGGGAGCGACUCCGAAGAUGCGCGUGCCGCUGUGAAGGCGCAGCGCGAGCUGAAGAAGAAGCGCGAUGCACUGCGAAAGGUACAGAAGAAGAUCAAGGCGGGCGGCAGUGAUGCCAACACCUCCGCCGCUACGGAGGAGGCGGCGGCACUGGUCGCCGAGAUCGACCGCCUCGAAGCCCUGAGCGGGGCACCGUCAGCGCCGUCUACGGUGCACAUUGCGUCCGCUCCGCUCACCACGACCCCUGCGACGGCUGUAGCCUCGCCAGCAGCGUUGGUUACUGUCGCAGCCGAUAGGGGCAGCAGGGUCAAAGCUAAGAAGAGCGCUGAGCCUGCGAAGGAGAUCACUGAGGAGGAGCGGGCGGCGUCAGCGAAGAGAUUGCACGACCUCGUUCAACGCGCCAUGGAUGCCAACCGACUCACGUGUUUGCAUGUGCCACCGCACGACGGCGUCGUGCACCCCCGCAUUGCGGAGUUAGCUGUGCUGAUGGAGCAAAUGCUUCUCGUGGGUGGCAGUGCGCGUGCUUUGGCGCUCAUCUCUGCCUUCCGCGAGCUCAGUCGCGCAACAACUGUCCUCGCCGUGCCCUCGCUGAACGAGGUGGACACAACCGCCUUUGAAAAGCUUAUCCAGAUCAACUUUGACUUUGUGCGUCGCAAGCGGGAGGCCUCGGCCAGCAUGCGCCACGUGAAGGAUGUGCUCGUGCGCCGCUUCGUCGCGUUGAGGGAUGAGGUAAUUCACCCCAAACCGAAUAUGGCUGAUCUCAUUAAGGACCUCGGUGAUCCGCGUGAAGUGACACUGAAGAUACUGGACGUCAUCGAGGCUGAGCUGAAGAUGUCUUUCAAGAGUAUUGUGGAGGAUCGCUCGCUCCCGUACGUCUCGAACAGCGACACUAUCUUAGUGUUUGGUCGCAGUAGUCUGGUCGAGUACAUUCUCUUAUCCCGCUCACGCGACCCACAGCGCAAGCCAAAGCGUGUCAUUGUCAUCGACUCGGCGCCGCUCUUUGAGGGCAGGCAGCUGGCCGAGAAGCUCUCGAGCGCUGGCAUUGGUGUUACAUACGGCCUCAUCACGGCAUGCUGCACACUGAUGCCCAAGUGCACGCGCGUAUUCAUGGGGGCCUCGGCUGUGCUGCAGAACGGGGACAUGUUUGGCCGCUGCGGCAUGGCGCUGGUGGCGGCCUGCGCGAAGCUGUUCCGCAAGCCUGUGCUAUGCUUUAGUGAGAGCUACAAAUUUGUGCCAGAGGUGUGGGUGGGAAAUUUGGCCCAGAACACGAAGCUCGCGGACAUGCGGCCUGCCGCCGACGUGCACGGCAGCGAUACAGGCACGCACAGCCCGCUUGUUUACCUCACCCCACCCACGCUAUCUCCUCCUCAGCUACGUGCGUCUGGAGGUUGGGGUACACCGGCGCGGAGUGCCGACUUCUUCGCACGCAGCGGCGGCGGUGUCUCAGCCUCGUUCUCGUCGAGUGCCUCUGGCUACCUUUACGACUUGACACCUGCCUCGAACGUAGACAUGAUCAUCUGCGAGAUGGGAUGCCUGCACACGUCCGCCAUCGUGGCAGCCAUUAAGGAUCGUGAGGGCCGCGACACGUCACAGCUCGUGAAUCUUGUUCGGGGCUGA